AUGGCGUCUUCAGCUGCUCAGCUCACGUCGUUGAAGUUCCACUGCGGCUUCGCCGGCGGGAGGCCCGCUGCGCCGCCGGCCACCGCCGUGAGUGUCGCGCCGCCGUCGAAGGGGAGGAAGGUGCGGUCGGCGGUGGUGGUGGCAGCGGUGGGUGACGUAUCGGCGGAGGGAACCACGUACCUGGUGGCCGGCGCCAUAGCGGUGGCGCUCGUGGGCACAGCGUUCCCCAUUCUCUUCUCCCGCAAGGACCUGUAAGAUCCCCCCUCCCCCCAAUCCUCUUAUCUCUCCUCAUCCCCAAUCUCGGGGAGGACUGGAUCUGGGCCUUUAAUCGACCUAUGUGGUCGUAUUGGAUCAUAAUGGGCCGUGUGCUGCAGAUGCCCGGAGUGCGACGGGGCCGGGUUCAUCAGGAAGUCGGGAGUGACGCUGCGGGCCAACGCGGCACGCAAGGACCAGGCCCAGAUCGUCUGCCCCAACUGUAAUGGGCUCGGCAAGCUGGGCCAGAUCGACAAAUGA